UAUGAAUCAAAACAAAUAAAGUAAUCUAUAGCUCGACGGUUUAAUAAUUAAUACUGUGAUAACGCAAUAAAAUGUUAAAUACAGUUUGUUGAAAAUUUUAGUGGAAAUAAAAAUUACAAGUAUUUUUAAUAUUGUGUGCCUUUAAUUCAAUAUGUGAUCAAUAAUGUUUCGUAAAAAUAAAAACGAAAACAAAGCUAAACUGGAACAUAAAUUAUACUUGGCAAGAGAAAAUCCUGAGCCCAUUUUUGACUUGUCUGAUUGUAAUGUGGAUUCUGUACCCCAAGGAAUAUACUCCUUAUGCAAAGUAUUUCUUAAAAAUGCUUUAUAUUUACAACACAACAAUCUUACAUCCUUAUCUGGGGGCGGUCACUUAAAAGACUUGGCUUUAUUAGAAAUUUUGGAUAUAAGCAAUAAUCAGUUUUCAACAAUACCAGAUGAAAUUUACUUAUUAAAAAAUUUACAAGAAUUUAAUAUUUCUUGUAAUAAAGUAAAGAAAUUGCCGGAAUCAAUUUGUAGUCUAAGCAACUUAAAAUCUUUGGAUUUAUCAGGUAACAAUUUAAAAAACUUACCAGAAGAAAUUGGUAAUUUGUGUAAUUUGAGAACUUUAAAUAUUAAUUCCAAUAAGAAUUUAAAAGCAUUGCCAAAAAGUACUUGCAAAGCUCAGCAUUUGUCUACAAUAAAAUUGGAUGCCUUUAAUUUCGUUUAUCCCCCACAAGAAGUUGCUUCAGCUGGAGCAUCAGCCAUAAUGGAGUAUAUUUGUGAAGAUACUGGAUAUAACUAUGUCUUGCCAGAUGAAGCUGAUGAUUUAUCCAAAGAAAAAAUAGAUACAAAUGAAGAAGAAGACAAAUUUCAGGCGAAAAUAUGGGAGCUAGAAAAAAUUAAGCAGCAAAAAAUGCGAGAGUUUUUAGAAAUUGAGCGUAAUAACGAACUAAUGCAUCGCCAAGAAAUCGAAUUGGCAAAUACGCAAAAAGUUAAUAAAGAAAAGUUAUUGGCUGAAAUCGCCAGAGAUCAAAAUAAAUUCGAUUUAAAGCUGACUAAACUCAAUAAACUCAAAGAAUUUGAACGAUUUCGGCUUAUAGAACAAAUACAAGAAGUCGAAAAUAAUGCCGAUUUAGCCAUUAAGCAAUUACUCUCACUUAACAGAGAACCGCAAAUACAAUUAUUAGAACAAGAAAAGUUAGAGGAAGAGCGGUUGCUUGAGGCUGUAACGAAGUAUAACGAAAAUCUUCAAAAGGAAGAUAUUCUAAUGGCCAUGGAAGAAAUUUUAAAUCAAGAAACUGUACAUUUUGUGCAGUUCCAUCAAAAUAGAAUAGAGACAUCCAGGAGUAUACUAGAAAGUGAAAUGGAAAAUGAUUCCCGUCUACUGGUCGUACUAAAAAGUAACGAUUUGCACAAAGCCGAACUGUUGUCAAAGCUGCAAGAAGAACGCGAUUUACAGAAAGCAGCUGUAGGAACAUUGUUAGAAAGAGGCGACGCGCGCAGUUGGGGUUUGUUACAACAAGUUCGGUUGGUUGAAGCUCAACUAGCUGCCCUAACCACCAUUGAAAUGGAUCGUAGGCAAUUGGAAAUGAUCCAAAACUUGAAUGAUUUAUCAGAGAAACGAAUAAAUUUAUCAAUUUUAUUACUGGACCUACUGUAUCAGCAGAAAGAAAGAAGAUCGCAACUUGUACAGACUUUGUCAGUGCUUGAAGAAUUUAGCAAUGAUGAUGAAGACUUUUGGCUACAGCAGUAUCAAAGAUUACUUGACAAGCUCCCAACUGGAUUGUCUCAAGCUCAGAAAAAUAUUGAUCCUCUAAUUGGACAAGCCCUUGUUAUGAAUGGAGUCUUGCAUUGUUUACCAUUUUUGGCGAAACUCACACAGUGUCAAUUGGAUACCAAUGACAUAACAGAUGAAGAUUUAAGAAAUGCAGGGGUAAUACAUUCUAAUGAUAGAUUAAACAUACUAAAUGCAUUCCAAAUUUACAAAAAAGAAAAGGAAUGUUUUUCUAGUUGUGUAACGCCAUCAGCACCUGUACUACCUGUUGAAGAGGCAAGUGCCCCCUUAUUAGAAGAAAUUCACUGCAGUGCUAAUACUACUGAUUGUGUGAUAUGUUUAGACCUGGAGUGUCAAAUAAUAUUUGUUCCCUGUGGUCAUCUUUGCUGCUGUUCUCAAUGCUCAACAAUGAUAACUGAAUGUCCAAUGUGUCGUUCCAGUAUAGAACGAAAAAUAAAAGUAAUAGCAUCAUAAAAGUCUUUAGUAGUUUUAAAUGCUACGCAUGUGUAUAAAUCUUUUCAUUGAACUUUUGUACUGCUCUUUACCAAUAAUCAAUUUCAUAAAUCAUUGCCUUUUUAUUGUUAAAUUUUUACCAACAUGGUCUGAUCUUGUAAAUGUGAUUUAAAAUGUUAUUAUGUGUUGCCAAAAUUACAU